GCGCACCUCGGCAAGGACAAGGCUCCGCCCGCCACCCGCCACCCGCCACCGCCUCUGCCCCGGCUAUAAAGCUCCUCCCUUUGGCUGGCCCGCUCCUCCUCUCUCCGUCCGGGCCGCGCCUCUCGCCUCCUUCAUCAUCCUCGGUCCGUCCUGGCCGCGUGGUGGUCUCCGUUUCGGCCGCCAAUUCCAAAUCCACCCGCCCGCUCGCGCCCUGCUCCCUCUCCUCUCCGCUUGCGGGGCCGCGCCGCUCCCCGAGGACGCGGGCGGGGGCUCGGCCAAGUGGCGGGCGACCGGCGGCGGGGGCACCGGCGUCGUGCGCCAGCUGCGCGCGCUCGUCCUCGACUCGUGCCUCUCCUCCUCUCGCGUCCGCUGAGGCGACUCGUCCUCGGUUCUUGCCUCUCCUCGUCUCGCGUCCGAUCCAUAUCGACAUGCCCAUGUUGUCUGAUAAGGAUAAAGAUAUCCAUAUCGACAUGCCCAUGUUGUCUGAUAAGGAUAAAGAUGUUAUGAAAAAUGGGGUGCUCCAAACAAGAUUGACUUCCUCUCUCUUUCUUAUACAAGGCAUGCAGAAGAGGCAAGCACGGGAGUUCCUCUCAAAGUUGGUUAUCUUAGCCAAAACUCUGAUUUUUGCCAAAAUUGAGAAUGUGGAGCCUGCUGUUGUUACUCGUGUUGUGGACAGUAUGACGGACAACCUAAGGCCCACUCGUUUGGAGGCAACUGACGUGGCAAACGCGGUGCUGGGCGGUAGUGAUGCCAUUCUCCUUGGUGCUGAGACUCUCCGUGGGUUGUAUACAGUUGAGACUAUUUCAACAGUAUGCAGAAUUGGUGCUGAGGCUGAGAAGGUCUUCAACCAGGAUUUGUACUUCAAGCGAACCAUGAAAUACGUGGGAGAACCCAUGACCCACUUGGAGUCUAUUGCUUCCUCUUCAGUGCGGGCUGCUAUCAAAGUUAAGGCUUCGGUCAUCAUUUGCUCACCUCAUCUGGACAGGAGAAAAAGAGUCCACCAUGCCGUUCCUCGUCUAAAAACAAAUCAAUUGAAGUGGAGCUUCACGAGCGCAUUUGAAGCAAGACAAUCACUCAUAGUUAGAGGCCUCUUUCCCAUGCUUGCUGAUCCACGUCACCUGGCUGAAUCUACUAGCACUAGAAAUGAAUCAGUGUUGAAGGUUACUCUUGACCACUGCAAAGCAUCCGGUGUGAUCAAGUCGCAUG